AUGGGCAACUCCCGAAACAAGCGCGGAAAGCGUGAGGCAAACCGCCAGCGAACGGUCGAAGCCCUUGCCCGCGCGCAAUCCGGCGCCGAUACAGGCGCCGCGCUCCAACUGCCGCAGAAGAAGUUCUAUCGCCAGCGCGCACAUGCGAACCCGUUUUCAGACCAUCAAUUGAAAUAUCCGUUGAGCCCAGCGCACAUGGACUGGGCCUCGCAUUACCCUGCGUUUGAGAACCCGGACCCCGCGCAGACCAACCUCGGCGGGUUCAGGAAGCUGCUGAAGGACGUGGAGGUCGUCGACAUUGGCUGUGGGUUUGGCGGGCUGUUGAUUGGACUGGCGCCGCUGUUGCCUGAGACCCUCAUCGUUGGAAUGGAAAUCCGCAUCCAGGUCCUCGACUACGUCAACACACGCAUCCAAGCCCUCCGCACCCAACAACGACACUUCAAACUCAAAUCCGCCGGCGGCGGCGGCAGCGACGCCGCGCCUGAAUCCCCCGCCGCACCACCGACGCCCAGCGAAGCCGCCUCGCCAGACUCAACGACGCCCUCGGAACAACAGGCGCCGACGACGCUGGUCCCCGGCGGGUUCCAGAACAUCUCGGCGAUCCGCAGCAACACGAUGAAGUUCUUCCCGAACUUCUUCGGCCGGGGCCAGCUGUCCAAGAUCUUCAUCUGCUUCCCGGAUCCGCACUUCAAGGCACGCAAGCACAAAAUGCGCAUCAUCUCCGAGACGCUCAACGCCGAAUAUGCCUAUGCGCUGCGCCCCGGGGGCCUGCUGUACACCAUCACCGAUGUGGAAGAGUACCAUCACUGGAUUCUGAGGCAUUUCCGGGAGCCGGAGGUCGACGGCGCUGUGCCGUGUGAUGAUGGGGCGGAUGGGAUCAAAGAGCUCUUCGAGCGGGUGUCGGACGAGGAGCUGCAGCAGGAUCCUUGUGUGGAGGUCAUGCGCGAGGCGACGGAAGAAGGGAAGAAGGUCUCGAGGAAUAAGGGGAACAAGUAUGUUGCUGUGUUCCGGCGGAAAGCGGACCCCGAAUGGCCGGCUUGA